AUGAGGGUCUUUUUGACCCUUUAUCUCUCUGCCAUCGUUGGCGCCUUGGCUUCCGCUGAGGAUGCCCUCUCUGGGAACGAGUCGUUCGUCCUCGACCUCUCUGCAGAGCCAGAUGAGACCAGGAUCUCUUUCCACAGCUUUACCAGAAAGGGAGUCACAUUCAAGUCUUACACUGCAAAGGAUGACUAUGACAUCUCCUCCGUUGUUUGCUCUGGAGCCAUUGUUUGGACCGCUACUGGAGAUCAAAGGUUCAAAACGGUGGGCACCCUCGCCAGGAAGAAUGGAGUCCCCGAGCUCCUUGGACUAUUUUUGAGCACUGGGAAGGUGUUUUUUCGCAAGCAUAAAUCGGGACUGUGGCUCCCAGUGACUGAGGAGUUGUUUGAGGAGGAGUCCAAGGGUCUCUAUGAUGGUUAUGAAGAGGACACUUUGUCACCCAUCCCACAGGUUAUAGAAGGUACAAGCAGACUUCCGCCAUUUACUCAUGCUGUCUUUGACAUUUCAGAGCCGAAUGGAAAGUAUGCACGUCUGGAAGAUGAUGAGUUUGGGGGGAUUCACAAGAACUGUUUCAUAGCCAGGGAAGCCCUGAUUAUCGCCGUCGUGGACGGAAAUUUGCCCGUAUGGCACGCAAAGUUUGGCGAGACAUGUCUCGGUGGAGUAUAUUCACGUCACGAAAACUUUGAACUCCUGAACAUGCGCGUAGGAAGUGACUCUGGAGACUUUACACUCUUUUUCGAAAAGGUGGAUGGGAACUGGGUUGGCGUCACAAGAAGGAGAUUUUACAAGGUCUACUUUGGUUUUGAUUUACCUGAACCAAAGACAAGGGACGCAGUCGAAACUGGACCUCUCAAACAUCUCGUCCUUGCAGUGUCCAGUCCGAACAGGAAUGAGAUACUUGUAGAGUGUGAUGCCCUCGGAGGAGUAGACAGCCUUAAAUACUCGCCACUAACACGCCUCAGUAUACCAGUUUUUCCCGAGGAGCUCGAGACCUUCUCCCUGACUUUCAGCCUCGGCGGCAAACCCGCAGUUUUGAAAUUUGAAAAUGCAGAUGGUGAAUGGAGACAAGUUUUUGGUGACUAG